AUGAAUACGGAUAUUGCAUUGAGAGCUAUGGAUAAAACUGAAUGGAAUAAAAAGUUCGCAGAGGAAAAAAAAAAGUUGAACGAGUCCAGAGCUAAACAGUUGGAGGAAAGGAGGAGGAGGGCUGCAAUAAAACGGAGGAAGAAAUCGUCGGAGGUCAGCAGUCAAUCAGUUCUGGCCUGUCCCCAGGAUUCUGAGUUAUUCCAAUCUGUGUCUGCCUCGGCUGUAGGAGUGCACCAAAUUUCACCCAAGGCAGAUGCAGGAGGAAAGAAAAUUUCACCGAAGUCAAGUGCACGACGAAAAAAAAAUUCAUCCGAGGCAGAUGUAGGACGAAAGAAAAUUUCAACUGAGGCAGGUGCAAGACGAAAGAAAAUUUCACCCAAGUCAGGUGUUUUGAAAAAGAAAGAAAAGCAGACUUCUUCUGGUUCAGUGAGACAGACUGGACAUCAGCAGGAAAAUAGUGGUCAAAAACAAAAGAGAAAGCUUCAAAGACCGCAGAGCUCCUACAUGCUGUGGAUUAAUGCUAACAGAGAAAAGAUUAGGAAGCAGCACCCGGGUCUGGACUUUGGAAGUUUUGGUCGACUAGUGGGAGCAAUGUGGAGGGCCAUGGAUAAAACGGAAUGGAAUAAAAAGUCUGCAGAAGAAUGGGAAGAGCACAAUAGGGCCGUUAAAGCUAAUAGGGCGGAGACAGGAAAGAAGACUAGGGCCGCCUAUAAACGGAAGCGGGCGGAAGAAAGAAUGAGGAUUAAGGCUGCCAAUAAACUGAAGAACAAUUCGUCAGAGAUCUGCAGUGAGUCAGUAUCAGCACUGAAGUAUAAAAAAAUUCCAAAGAUCCCUAGUAACUCAGCAGGAAGUUACCAGACAAAGUAUGCUACCAGGUUAUCAUCAGCAAUAUCAGCAGCAUAUCCAUCCUCAGUAUCAUCAUCAUCAACAUUUCCAUCCUCAGCAUCAUCAACAUUUCCAUCCUCAUCAUCAUCAACAUUUUCAUCCUCAUCAUCAGCUACAUUUCCAUCCUCCUCCUCCUCCUCAUCACCAUCAACAGCAUUUCCAUCUUCAUCCUCUUCAUCAUCAUCACUAACAUUUCCAUCCUCAUCAUCAACAGCAUAUUCAUCCUCAUCAUCAAGAUUUCAAUCCUCAUCAUCAUCAUCAUCAACAUUUCCAUCCUCUUACUCAUCAUCAAUAGAAGCAUUUGCGUUUUCAUCUUCAUCAUCAACAUUUCCAUCCUCCUCCUCAUCAUCAUUUCCAUCAUCAGAAGCAGCAGCAUCAUUUCUGUCAGGAUCAUCAUCAGUAUUUUCAGCAUGAGCAUGAUCUUGAACUGAAAACAAACCCUUCAAAUGGAAAUUUGGAAAGGAAGAAGAGUCAAACGAAAAUCUUGAAGAAGGCACUUGAGAAAGACCAGUCAAAUCAUGUAAGGGAGACUAUUAUCAGGUCUUCUUUCAUUUCAGCAAAGCCGUAACUCAUAUUAAAAAUGUAAACACAAUGUACAUGUAGCUAUAUGUUUUAUAUUGAUUAGUAAUGCCAAAUGUUCUUUUAUUUGAUAAAUGAUCAAAUGGCACAAAUUUCUCAAUUCAUUUCUUGAACAGUGUGUUAGUGAAUCUUUCCUAUAAUUGUGAAGAUAAAUACUGGAUUGAAAGUGAUUUCCCUCGAUUUUUCGGGGGAAGAUUAAAAGAUCCAUUAGUAAGUUGCUAAUCCUUACUUUUCACAUGUUGAGAUCUGAUACCUCGCCUGAUGUCAUAUUAGAACAUGUUGUAUAUAUAAUGUAGAUCAGUGUAGAAGAUUAAUUUGAUUUUUUUAUUAUUGGAAAAAAGUCAUAAUAAAAAGAGUAUGAUGCUAUUCUUCUUGAAGAUGUAUAA